CCCCGUCACCCACUGCACGUGCUACACACCUACACACACACACGCCCGACACGCCUCGUCCGGACAGAAAUCCAGACUUUACAAGAUGUUUCGUGGUGCGAGAGGUGCAAGUUUUUCACAAAUCCUCAAGCAGAAUUUGAGCCUCCCUCCAGGAGCGCCUGGAUCACAUGAAUAUCAGCGUGGCUCUUGUGGCAUCAGUGAAAAUGGCUUUGACUCAAAGGUUUGCGGGCCACCCAGACCUGCUCUGCCUGUCAAACCAAAGCCAGGCAGUUAUAAAUUGGUGAUUGACCGGUACAAGCAAGGCGAGAGCCAUGCCGUGUCCACGCUGUAUCAGCUCGCCCAGAUUUUGCAGUUCCACCUGGAAAUGAAGGAGACAGUGACCACAGGCAACGUGACAGGCUUUUUCUUUGCCUUUUGCGCCGUGAUCGACGGGGUGGCGUACAAGACCGGGAUGGGGCUGACGAAGAAGGAGGCCCGGCUCAAAGCUGCGGAGCUCGCCCUCAAGGACCUGCUGCCCACCUUGGACGCCGGAUCCGUCCUCCCGGAGGCCUCAGAGGGGCCUCCUCCCCUGCCGGUGAAAGAGGAGUCCUCCUUUUCUGAGGUCCAUCCUUCUAGAGCCAUUCUCGAGCGGAAGAAUCCUGUCAGCCUUCAGAUUGCUCAAACGGUGAGUGACCAGCUCACCAAGCUGAUGAGCAGCUACCCAGAGUUCUCUGCCUGCGGAGGCACCACGGUGGCGUUCAUCAUGCAGACUCCCAGCGGAUACGAGGUGGUCGCUCUCGGCACCGGGAGCUUCAACACCAGAGAGAGCGCCUCGCCAUGUGGACGCCUCCUGCACGACGCGCACGCCGUGGUGACUGCCAGGAGAUCCCUCAUGAGGUUUCUGUACCAGCACUUGUUGCUGUUCUACAGCCAGACGGAAGGCCUGAAGGAGAAGUCCAUCUUCCAGCAGAGCGGCACCAGCAGCCUCCUCAGCCUGAAGAGUGACAUCACCCUCCACCUCUACGUGAACCAGCUGCCGAAGGGCGCCGCCCAGAUGCCCUCCAAGCUGCGCCUGAAUCCACUGUCCAUUUCAGCAUGGGAGGUGAACAACGAGAUCAGCCUGCACCUGACCGUGGAGGGAAAGGUGUUUUCGGUUUUCUCGUCCACCUUUGAGCACUCUUCCUCCAAGUUGGUCAGCAUGUCGACCACUGACAAGAUCACCCAGUGGCAGGUCCUGGGCUACCAGGGCGCCUUGCUCAGCCACUUCAUUGAGCCCGUCUACGUCCAGAGCAUCCUCAUUGGUGACUCAAGCUGCCAUGACAUUCGUGGCAUGGAGAUCUCCAUCAGCCAGCGAGUGGAGGGCAUCACCCCGCACCUGCCCAUGUACUACUGCAUGGUGCGGCCACACAUCGGCCUGGUGCCCUCCGUGGCUGCCAGCAACACCAGCAGCGCCCAGUGUACUCUCAGCAUCAACUGGAGCCUCGGAGACAGCUCCCUGGAGGUCGUGGAUGGCCUGGAGGGCAAGGCUGUGGAGGAGUCUCCCUUUAAAAGUGGCAGUGGCCUGGCGAGCCGCCUGUGCAAAGCAGCCAUGCUGAACCGCUUCAGGCUGGUGGCCAAGGAGGCUCAGAGAGUGGACCUGCUGUCCAGCACCUCCUACAGGGCGGCCAAGAAAAUGGCAAAACCCUACCAGGAGGCCAAGAAUGUGCUCAGGGCCUACCUGCUGCAGCAGGGCUAUGGUACUUGGUUGGUGAAGCAUUCAGUCAGCGAUAACUUCAGUAUGUGAACAAAAACACAACAGGAUUAUCGUCUCCCAGAGAAUCAUAGCUUUUAAGUACAUUAUCAAAGGGCAAAAGUUACAUUACUCGAAUUAAAAAUGUUGAAUGCUUGAAAGCUUGAAUUGAAUUCUUGUUUGUUUAGAUAAAUGUUCAUGGGAGCACUUUUUGGGUUUCUGACUUUUGGCUGCUGUUUCAACUCAAUUUUACAGGUGAAUAUCAAACAAACCGUACCAAAGCACUUGUAUUUGCAGGUAAAAUGAUUACUGAGGCAAAUUACAUACAUGUCACAGAUCACACCCUCUUCAUGAUUGAUUUUUUUAACACACAAACAAUGACCAUACAUUGAACAUGAGCCAUUUGCAUUAUUUUACUGUAUUUGUAGUACAGUACUACUAUUUUGUUUAAGCAAAUAGCCAUGUACAGCACCAUGUUAAAGCAAGUGCCUUGGUAUCAUGCUUUUGAAAUGACUUGAAGACUGAAGUAGGACAAGUUAUUUGUAUUAUGUUAUUAUUAUUAUGUUUACGUGCAACCUGAAAUCUGGUUAUUUAUAGUGAAAUUUGUCUGCUUGACCGACAACAAUGCCAACCUUGUUUAGUUUGUUCAGGAAGUUGAACAUUGUGAUGCACAGUAUUACAGUCUCAAUAAACCAUGGCUAACAUUUGAGCCCAGCAAAAUAAAGGUGUCAGU